UAAGUCAAAAGAUCUAUGAAGAGAAGACCAUAAAUUACCCAGUUAAACUAUGAUGGUGUGACGUGUGGUGUGUGUGUGUACCGUCCUGUGAUUCUCAAAAUUAAAAUAAAAUUUGAUCAAUCAAUCUAUAAAAUUAAACUCUCAGUUACAAAAGUUGUAACUUUAGAAUAUAAUCUUGGAGUGUUGCAAUAUCCAGUCCUGUGGGUGACGAACAGUGAAUAAACUUAGUGCAAGCGUUUAUCUCUAAAUAAGGUUAACUGUUCCAGUGUUAACUAUUGUCAAAAAUGGGUGUCCCAAAAUUUUUCCGUUAUACCAGUGAAAGGUAUCCUUGUCUCAAUGAGCUGGUAAAACAGUAUCAGAUUCCAGAUUUUGAUAACAUGUAUUUAGACAUGAAUGGAAUCAUUCACAAUUGCUCGCAUCCUGAUGACUCCAACCCACAUUUUCGUAUCACUGAAGAGAAGAUAUUCACUGAUGUCUUCCAUUAUAUUAGUAUUUUAUUUCAAAUUGUCAAGCCAAAAAAAUUAUUUUUCAUGGCUAUUGAUGGAGUUGCACCUAGAGCGAAGAUGAACCAGCAGAGAGGCAGAAGGUUCCGGUCUGCUAGAGAGGCAGAAAAUUUAGAAGCAGAGGCUAAAGCAAAAGGGGAAGUUCUGCCUACAGAGAAGAGAUUCGACAGUAAUUGCAUCACCCCAGGAACUGUCUUCAUGGCACGCCUACAUGAACAACUCAAAUAUUUCGUAAAGCAUAAAAUGUCCACAGAUCCACUCUGGUCCAAAGUUAAGGUCAUACUCUCGGGACAUGAGACCCCUGGCGAAGGGGAGCAUAAAAUAAUGGACUAUAUUAGAUGGGCACGCUCGCAGCCCGAUUAUGAUCCUAAUACAAGACAUUGCCUGUAUGGUCUUGAUGCAGAUCUCAUAAUGCUGGGAAUGUGCACGCAUGAACCACAUUUUGCACUUUUGAGAGAAGAGGUUAAAUUUGGUCGAACAACCCAAAGGGCGACAACCCCAGAAGAGACGAACUUCUAUUUACUACAUUUAUCUCUGUUGAGAGAAUAUUUGGAACAAGAGUUUAUCGCGAUAAAGGACAAGUUGCCGUUCCCUUAUGAUAUAGAGAAGAUUGUUGAUGACUGGGUGCUCAUGGGAUUCUUAGUGGGAAAUGAUUUUAUACCUAAUUUACCGAACAUGCACGUCAAUAACGAUGCACUCCCACUAUUGUAUAAUACUUACAUGACCGUGCUGCCUAAGUUGGAUGGCUAUAUAAACGAAGCUGGUGAUCUGAACUUGGAAAGAUUCGAGAUAUUUAUGCAAGAACUUUCUAAGAUAGACAAAGAAAAAUUUCAGGACACCUACACCGACUUAAAGUACUUCGAAGAGAAAACGGGACGACGACCUAACGCUAAUGAAAGGAGAGAGUACAAAGCUAAUAACAAUGAAACGUUCAACGUAGAUGUAAAUGAAAUAAAAGGAAACCAUUUGGACAAUGAUCUGCAAGCACUCAUAAAUGCUACAGACAAUAUGUUUAUGAAUGAUUUGGAAGAUGGUGAAGAAGAAUACGAGGAAACGAGCGAUGAGGAAGCCAACAUGGAAAUGGAGUUUAUUUUGCAUAAAAAAGAUUAUUAUAUGAAUAAGUUGGACUAUUCGAAAGUUACAGACGAAGUGCUGGCGGACCAGGCCGAGGGCUACGUGCGAGCCAUCCAGUGGAACCUGUACUACUACUACAAGGGCUGCCCCUCGUGGUGCUGGUUCUAUCCGCACCACUACGCCCCCUACAUAUCCGACAUUAAGGGAUUCAAAGAUCUGAAGAUCGACUUCGAGCUCGGGGAACCGUUCAAGCCCUUCGAACAGCUGCUAGCAGUGUUGCCGGCCGCCAGUAAGCAUCUACUGCCGACCCCGUUUCACGAUUUAAUGACUGAUGAAGAUUCGCCGAUAGUACAUUACUAUCCCGUGCAUUUCGAUACCGACCUCAACGGGAAAAUCAACGAUUGGGAGGCAGUCGUACUCAUACCGUUCAUAGAUGAGACUAAUUUACUGUCAGCGAUGGCUCCGUGCUACCAGCGGCUGACGGACGAAGAAAUUAAAAGGAACCAGCCCGGACCGAUGCUGGUCUACAGCUGGAGCUCUACUAGUCUAGGUGUCGUCGAUGCUCCUCAGUACUUCCCUUCGAUCAAGGAGUGUCAUGCGUUCGAGAAACGAGUGUGGAGGAAUGAACUGGACGUGCCCGAGGAGCAGCUGAAGAAGGGAAUGUUGCCCAACGCACGUCGAGACAUGCUGUUCCCGGGCUUCCCCACCAUGAGACAUCUCAAAUAUAAGUCGAGUCAUAAAAUGGCAAAAGUGAAAGUUUUCGACCUGCCAGCUCGAAAUAGUAGCGUAAUUAUUGAACUGAUCCGAGAUAAAGAUGAGGAUUCCCUGGAGAGGGUGGCGAACGAACUGCUCGGUAAAGUUAUAUGGGUUGGGUGGCCGCACCUCACGAGAGCUAAAGUUAUCUCGGUGUCAAAUGAGAAGACGCGCCUGCAUUAUGUCGACAAGCAGAACAAUAAUGUGAACGGUACGUCGCUAUACACCACGGUGCAGAACAGCGGUAACUUACACAAACAAUGGCUCGGAGAGAGGAACACUAUUAUUGAGCAUAACAUGAACAGACUCGGCAUAGAGUUGGGCGAUGUCAAUAUUAUAGUGCACGCUGUUAAUUUGAAAGGUUACAAGUAUAUCGUCCAAGACAACUGCCAGAUGGUGUACGAGCCGGAAUGGUGCGAGGUGCCGUGCGGGUACGCCUACCAGGCCGUGGUGAGGGAUGUCAGCGCGCACGUGGUGCAGGAGGUCAACAGGUUCAGCACGCUGCAGGAGGCCUACCCUCCCGGGGACACGGUCUUCCUGUUAACGCCCGGACAGUACUACGGGUGUCUGGCUACCGUGGUCGAAUCGGCGCAGGUCCGCAGCGGGCGCAUCAAGGUGUCGGUGUGCGAGAGCGUGGAGCCCACGCCCGUCGCCGCGCCCGCGCCCCCCUACAAGAGCAGCCAGCACGCCGCGGCCGCGUGCGGUGUCACUAAUCAGAUGCUGUCGUGCAUCACGGGCUGCGUGUUCGUCGUGGAAGGGACCCGCGACGGACGGUCAACAGACAAACUCAAGAAAAUUAAUAUCGGCCUCAAUUUAAAGUUUAAUAAAAAGAAUCAGGAAGUGGCCGGGUAUACGCGGCGCUGCGCGGUGACGGGCGCGUGGCAGUACUCGGACCGCUGCGUGCAGCUCGUCAAAGAUUACGCCCAGAAUUUCCCGGAACUGUUCGACAAACUCGCGUCGUCGUCGAUAAGAGACGUUUUCUUUGAGAGCGAUCUGUGGCCCGGAGAAGUUGGAGAGAAGAAAUACCAGGACGUAUUACAGUGGAUCAAAAACCAGCCUUUCCGUCGCGCGCUUCGAAGGGAUUGUGGUUCCGAGGCCUUAGAACCUGAAGAGAUGAAGGCCCUGGCUGAUAACAUCGACAAGCAGCUGGAGAUACUCAAUGCCAAUGAGAGGAAAAUCACGAUGCAGGUCAAGUGGAAUCUGCUUUAUAAGGCGGAGUUGCACGCGGGCGAGGUGUCGCCGGACCGCGCGGCGGACUACCGGCUGUACGACCGCGUGGUGUGCGUGGCGCGCGGGCUGUGCGUGCCGGCGGGCGCGCGCGGCACCGUGGCGGCGCUGCUGCCCCCGCCCCCCGCCACCUCCGUGCGCCUGUCCGACCGCCUCAACGCCGCGCACACCUACCUCGUGAUCUUCGAUCGGCCCUUCGCGGGCGCCCUGCACGACGACUGCUUCGAGGAGAACAGGCUCUACAGAAUGCGACCGAAUCAGCUACUGAACAUAUCGUACGGUCGGAAGAUACGUCAGGACGUGCGGACGGAGCAAGCCCUGGAGCCCUUCAGCUACUUCCGGCCGGUCAGCCUGCUGCGGAAAGACGACGGACAUCACUCCGCUUUUGCGAGCUACAGUCCUCCAGCGGAUAAGAGUAAUGGUGUUGAGAUGAAUUCGCCACCGCAGGAUAAAGCAACACAUCUACUGCGUAACUUGUUGAGGAUCAGCGAAGAUAACCCGAAGGCUAAUAACAAUCUCCCGAGUGAAUCUAACCAGAGCUGGCGAAUCAAGCCGGACGUCACUCCGCCGGCCCUCCCGCAGCCCCCCAGAGUGCAGCCCCACGGGUGGCGCAAGGACGCUUCCAGCGCGAGCGGCGGCCGCCCGGGCCCCGCGCCGCCCAACAACUGGACCAAUAACAUCGGGCAUAACAAUUUUAAGAAUCCACCGCCGUUCCCACCGGUCCCGACCUUCAACCAGCCUUUCCCUGGCCCCUCUCAAAUCCCACUCCAGAGUCCACUGCAGUCCCGCCAGUAUUUCAACGUCCAGCAACAGCGGCCCUACCAGCAAAACUUUCCCCAACAUUUGCCCAACGUUUCGGCCAACAAUUCUACUGCCGCAUUGCCAACCCAGCGGUCUCAUACGGUACCCGUUGGCCCUAUACUACAAAAUAUGAAAUCGGAUAUAACCAAUCAAAAAUCUGGGAUGCAUCCCAACCCGCCGCGGACCAGCGAUAAGGUUGUGAAUCCAUUCGUGCCUCUACAAGUACAAACCAGCCAGAGAAGAGUGAGUCAACCAAGCUCGUCCCAGAGAGAUGCUAACGAACUGGUGACGCCGAAGGCUCACGUCGCGACGCAGCAGCAGCGGGCGGGUGCGGCGGCGAACCAACAGAACUCCAGUGCAGACGUGAAGCCUCAAAAGAAGAGGAAACAAAGGAUAGCAGCCAACCUCCCAUUUCAAGAAGAUUAACGAUCGCAGAUCAUUCUCUAACUGUCUGUGUAAUGCAUUCAUAUUUUUUUUAGUGCUCUAGAUGAGUAAACGAGUUAGCAACUCAACCUAUGUUAAGUGGUUAACGGAACCCGUAGACAUAAUUCAAUAUGCUAUUUCGAAAAGGGCACAUAUCACAUAUUUUGUCAAAUACGUUUUUUCAUAUACAUGUAGUUUUGAGGUUUACCUACACCCAUUUUAUAAUAAUUCCAGUCAUUUCCAAUUGCUAAUUAACACUAAAAUAUAUCUCAAAAGCUAAUAUUUUAAAUUUUACACUGCCUUAGAAAAUAAUCAGUUUUUUUCAUUUGCUGAACAAUUUACAUUUUUAGAGAUGUGCCCUUUUCGAAAUUACAUCUUCAAUUACAGGGGCAGUUUUCUUUCCUACCCACAUCCUAGUGUAGGUGGUAGUAGUAGUAGUAGUAGUAGUAGUAGUAGUAGUAUUAGUAUUAGUAUUAGUAAAAGUAGCCUAAAGGCUGUUUGAACUACUCGCAGAUCGAUACGUGAGGUCACGGGCUCGACCUGAGGGAAUUUUCUAAUACUAGCCCUAGCAAGAGCAGUGCUUCGCUGCAUCUACCGAAUGAUCGGAAUUAUGACCCACUGAGAAAAUCUAAGGCUAGUUCGCACGUCGACCUCUUCGUCGUAAUCGAUGCCAACGGUGACCAGUGCUUGUAGAGCCUAAACCCACCAGUGCUCGUUGUUUAUCGGCUGUGUCAUUGUUACAAGCGGAGCGGAAAUUGUGGUCCGCGACCCGCUUACAGCACGCCCCAUCACUACAUAUCGACAAAAUAUGAAAGGCUAUUUGGUUUAAGCGAAAUUUUUGCUUACUUUACAGGAGAGCCAUAUAAAAUAAAAAAUAUUAAGUAUAAAGUAAAAAAUAUCAUAACAAAAAAACUUCUUCAGCUAUUUGAAUGGUGUAAGCUUAACUGAAGUUCAAUUAAAAACAUCGAAUUGUUGAUGCUAAUACCAAACAAAACGAACAUUUAAUAUAACAAAAAUAAAUGUCGCAUAUUGAGCGAAAUGUCGCUUCAACCAACUAUAAUAGCUACUGGUGGUAGGACCUCUUGUGAGUCCGCGCGGGUAGGUACCACCGCCCUACCUAUUUCUGCCGUGAAGCAUUAAUGCGUCGGUUUGAAGGGCGGGACAGCCGUUGUGACUAUACUUAAGACCUUAGCACUUAUAUCUCAAGGUGGGUGGCGCAUUUACGUUGUACAUGUCUAUGGGCUCCGGUAACCACUUAACACCAGGUGGGCUGUGAGCUGGUCCACCCAUCUAAAAAUAAAAAAAAGCCUUUCACCUCUAGGUAUAUAGUAAUUGCCAAUCAACAAAAACGUUAAAAACACAAUCAUUUUCCAUCGCUAGUAUUCAGAGUAAACAUUAAAAUCGUAUUUUAGUAUCUGUAAUUGUAAGACGAACUAUCGGUAAGCGUUUCCUUUGAUCUCUUGUAAGUUUUUUAUUCUUCACACACUGUUGUUUAUAAGAACAUAACGCUAUUAAUACAGCCGCCAUUGAUACACACACACACUUCAGAAAUAAUAAUGUCUACAAAUUAUCAAAUAACAAUAGAGCAGCUGUUCAAACAUUCUUUGAUGAAUAAUUAUUGACAGCCAUUACAUGAAUCAUGAAUUUGAAAACAUUUCAUUUCUAUAAUAAUUAACAAUAAAAUAUCAUAGUUUCUCGUCUGGCUUAUCUAAUUUAGUUUAUCGGAAUGUAUUUAUAUUAUGUAUAUACAUAUUUUUUCAAGUAAAUGGUUGUUGACGUGGUUAAGUGCAUUUUCAAUGUCAAAGAAAACUCUAAAUAGUAAUGAUGUGUAACUAUUUGUUUUCUUGAUCAAUGAAAUUGUAAAUUAUUUGACAAAAAAUUAAAAAUGUAUAAAGUUAAUUCGAGAUUUGGAAUGCUUAUUAACUAAGUUUAUGGCUCGUGAGAACUGAAUUGAUAUUAUUGUAAAAAUGAAUCUGUAUAGUACCGUCCGCGCCCGAUAGGUGGCGCGCGAAUGAUUUGAAGAAAUUGUUAUAUCUUAUACAGUAAUCGUAUCGAGACGUGGCCGGGAUCCACUAGCCGUUACAUAGAAUAAGCCUUAUAACAUUGUGUUCUAUGUACGCGAGACAUGUUCUUGACAUUAGCGAUCGGACAUCCAUAUAUCUCAACUUGAAUAUAACAAAUAGUAUUUUUUUUAAUUUAGAGUAGAUUGGAGGGAAUAGGGACUAGAGGUAGAAUAGGGACAAAUCCGAGAUGUCACAAUACUUUUGUCGGGUUGUUAGAGAUUUAACUUUAUUGAACUGAAAAUGACUUUUAUUUAGUGUUUAAGAAUAUUAAAUAGUUUAAUUUAGUCAUCAAAGUUUUGUAACUCAUUAAAGGUGUUGAAAAGUUAAUUACCUAAAGUUAGGUACCUACCUAACAACUAAAUAGUGCCAGCCCUAUCGAAAAACUAUUGUCCCCAUACGUAACCCGAUUCACCCCAACUCCUAGGUGAAUAGGGACAAGUGAGUUUUUGUAACUUUUUAUGAUUAUUCUUUAAUAAACUAUAUCUUAAUGCAUUAUAAAUGAGAAUUUAAGCCUCCGGAACAAUUAUGAUCUCCGUUUUAUUACUAAAACUACAAAAAAAAACGACACAAAUCAAUGUCAAACUUAAAUAGUGUCCCAUUUCCCCCAUUUUAGGGUAUUUAUUUUUAUUGCACACAUAGAUAAUAACAUCUAAACAAUAUGGAAAGCAUAAAGAGGGGAGCUGUUUAACUCAUACACGAGUUUUGUUCCAGCUAACUGCAAUCAGUAACACAUGUAGGGCGAAAGUGUAUGACUAAAUAAAUUUAUCAAAAUAUCAAACAUACAAUUUGAUAGUAAAUCGUUCUUAUCUAUAUAUUUUGCUACUAUUAGAGUAAUAUAUAUGACGGAGAAUCUGGAUCCAUGUUGUUUUUUAAAAUGAUGACGUCAGCGUGGAUGACGUCAUUCUCUUCAUUAUUAUUUUCUUCCAUACAUAGUGACAGUAAUUAAAACUUACUUUUCCAAACAAUUCUUUAAUAUAAGGUAACUUGUUCAUUAAUUUUCCUGAAUACCGUCUUAAACAAUUGUUGACAUGUGUUGGACUCAUACAAGUUAUCCAACAGUAUUAACACUGAGGAAAUAGUUAACUCUAACCAUCUUAGUUAACUAAAUAGCAACGUUGCGUCUAUAUAUAUUUAUUUAAAUAAUUGUUUCUAAUUUAUUGACAGCCGAGAUAACUAAAACUAAAAAUAAACUACAUAAAAAUCAGUAUUGACUAUUGUUGUGAAAUGUAUUUCCGAUCUCUAAUGUCUAGACUCGACCUACUUAACGUACUACGAAUUGAUGAAAGAGUACAAAAUUUAUUCAGAAAAUAUCGAAAUUAUUUAUUUUUGAUAUGAUAUUAUGUAAAUAGAAGUGUCAUUGUAAUUUUAAUGUAGUCCUAAUUACGAAUUUCAUAAAUAGAUUAGUAUUUAGGAUUCGUUUUAAAAAUAUUUCAUUAAUUCAUUAAACAUAAUACCGUAGAAAAAAAUAUAUAUAUUUCGUUGUACUUAAAUAGAGUAACAGAAUAGUAAAUACGUUACUUUCAACAAAUAAAAACAUAAAACUUGAUGUAUCAAAAUGCUACCUUAUUAAAAUGAAAUGUAAUAUUGCAAUGAAUAAAUGUCCAGUCACAGAGUCAUCCAGCUUAUGAUCGAGCCAUUCAGCUUAUGACCGCAAACAUAAUAUUUUUUUUUUUUCUUUACUCACAUAUUAUUAUUAAACUACUCCAGUGGUUAUUUGUAGCUUAUGACUUAUGACACAUAAAAAAUAAAUUAAAAUACUUUUUUCUUUUCUUAAAACAUGAUUUAAAAAUGACCCGACUGGUUAAUUUUAAUGUUUGUAAACUAUAUGUAUGCGAUUAUUCAAUGUUGCAAUAAUAUAUAAUCGAAUGAUUGCUAACGGUAUUUAAAUAAUCGAUCCAAUAAACGAUAAUUCGAUUAUGUACUUCGAUCAACAAUAGUAACUAGAUAAACGGACACGUACAAAAUCGAAGCAAAAACUGUCCGCGUGAAUAUACACAUACAUAGCUACGUUGGUUUACAACAAACGGAGAAAAAAGUUUUGAAACAGUUUUAAGUUCAAAUUAAUUACAACUAUGCCACCUAGUAAUAAAGUUCCAAAUCUCCAAAACAUUAUCUAAUACUUACGAUCAUUCGUCACAAAGCAAUAAAUUACUCCUGUCACUUACAAAUGAAAAAGCAUAUGUUAAACACCCUUUAAUGUUAAAUGAACCUUAUGAGCCAACAAAUAAAGUAAUUUUUCCCGUUAUACCUUUGAGAACUAACAUCGUUUUGUUUUAUUUAUUUUUGCUUCUUGAAAUUUCAAUUUCUAUUAACUACAGGAGGUAACGGAGUCGCGUUGAACACUAAAAUAAUUUAUUAUAUGAAUAAAAGUAAACGUUUAGUUGUUUACUUUUUAUGUUUUGAGGAUUUAUGUUUGUUGGUAUUUAUACAUUGCUUAUUAUUUUAUAAGCGUUACGUUUUGUGUAAUAGAUAUUUUUAUAGUAUAUUUUUAUAUUUUCGCGACUUCUUCUUCUUUGUCGUUUCCUCAUUACUGAGGGUCGUGACCACCUUGGUCCAGUUUUUGCACCAGCUUCCUCCAAUGUUGCCUGCAUUCGGCCUGCUUAAUGGCGCCCGGGACGCUGGUGUUUGUGGCCUCCUUGAUAAUGUCCGUUCACCUGGUUGGCAAUCUUCCUCGACUUCUCUUUCCUUCCACGUGACCCACAACUAUUAAUUUUUCCAAGUUCUCAGGAUUUUGUCGGGCCACGUGUCCGAAGUACUUGAGGAGACGCUGCAUACAGAUUUUCGCGACUAGUACAUAUAAUAAAACAACGUUUAAACGGUUUUAAGCGCGAUAUUUUUAUUACAAUGCUUCGGCCACGUUUCAGUAGCCGUGAACACGGAAGGCAAAGAUGUCCAGUGUCAAUGAGUGGAGUUCUUAGCUGGCUUCUUUCUCUGACGACAAUAGAGAUCCAUUCUGCACACGUGACGUUUAGGAAAGUUAAAAUAAAAAAGGAAACCUAAGUAUCCAAUGAGAAUCCAACAAACAGACACAAAAGCAGACUUAACCAAUUUUAACUAACCAAUUUUGAAGUACUGCUAACAAAUUUUUAAAAAUUAUUACAACACAAAUCUACUCCAUGCAUUUACUUUUCUGUUAAACAAAAAUUUUGUCCAAGUGUUGGCGAGCCUUGGCCAACAUUUGUAGCGGUGGUUAAAAAUCGGUAAUUUUGUUUAAAAUUUAAUAUUAUUUAUUAGUUUAAAGCUUAAAAUAUAACGUAUACUUCAUGUACUUACCGAAAGUAAGAUACUCCGGCCGUUAAAUUGCUUUUUCGGGCAUUUUUUGCAACUUUUGAAUACACACUGCGGCAUUGUGAGACGGGUUGACAUUGGCCGUGUCGGAAGUGAACUAAACAAAAUAAGAGCUCACAUUUCAAGUGCGCUGUUAUUUAACGAGACGGAUUUUUGCGCCGACCCGAAAUCUAGUUACUAUUGUUGAUCGAAGAUUAUGUAUCGUUACAACAUUGUCGACGAGAAGUCUACAUAUGACUAAUUUAUUGUGUGACAAAUCAAGCCAGUUAAAAAAUAGUUGUAUAGACGGGUGAACGAGCCGACGCCCUGUCUGUUGUUAAGUAGUUACUGGGGCCCAUAGACAUCACUGAACGUAUGCCGCCACCCACCUUGUGACUGUUGUUCUGCCUCAGUUGUAAUUGUAAAAUGGCCAUACGAAAAACAAACAAACAAAUACCACUCAUAAUAUGCUUUAUAUAAUACGAUAUAAAGGCGUCAGUGCUUUAGGUGAAGCAUACAUUAAAUAAUAUAAUGAACCACCAUCGGAGUGAUGGCCGUAAAUAUGUUUGUUUGUUUGAAUCGACACGUUUACGCGAGGCCUAUCUGAGUCCUUACUGCGAGCUUUUUAACGUUCUCGAUAGCGUAAAAGCUAACCCAAUUUUGUAUGCAGUUGGAACAGCGCCCCUAGCGGCAAACGUAGGCAAACGAUCUCUCUCCAUACAAAUAUGAGCUAACUUUUAGGAACGUUAAAAAACUCGCACUUAGCUCACUGAAUGCCUUGAAACUGUUACAGUUGUAGUUAGCGCUUUAUGAGAGCGUGUCGUAGUUCCAUAAUCGUAAGAUAGGUGCCGCGCGAGUAGUUAAAACUAAUGAGUAUUAUACAAAUUUAUCGAUAUACAGAGAGAAUCAUGGCCGGGUGAUGCUAGUCAAUAAUAAAAUAUACAUUAUUGAUUCUGUAUUGUUUGCGUGUGAAAACUAUUUAAAACACGUUCUUGCAUUCUAAAAAACAGAUUCAUAUCAUAUUUUUAGAUUAAUUCUAUAUUCAUGUAAAUAUUGUGAUGUGAUCUGCAGAAUAUUCGUGACUAAGUGCUUUAUGAUUUUUGUUUGUUAGAUUGAAUUUUAUUAGACAAUAUAAUAACAAUUUGCAUAAUGCACAAUCACUUAUUUACUUGUAACUGAAGUUGAUAGUGUACUGACGUGUAGUUUUGCUUGCGUCAUUUCAUAUAUACCGUUGCCCCACGCGACAUCAGAGCAGCAUGUAUCCCUAAUACCUAGAAACACUUUUUUUUCCUACCUAUUCUAGUAACCUCAAGGGGUUACUAGAAUAGGUAGGUCACCUACUACCGAACUAGUAGGUGACCUCACGGGGCUUAAACCUGGCGACUAGAAACACUGCGUUCCUCCAUGGCAGUUUUCCAGAGUGCAUAAUUAGGCCAUACCAUCUGACUCUUAAACUUUAACUGAUUAAAUUGCCUUUUGAGUUUAUCUUAUCUCAGUUAUUACGGGAUCAUCUCUAGCAAUUCCCAAAGUACUCUCCACAUAAUAAAUAUGAUUGAAAACACAGAUAAUGGUAAAGUAUUUUUGUAGACCUAGUUUCCAUGUGUUAUUUUUGUUUACUCAUUUUUGUAGACCUAGAUUCCAUGAGUUAUUUUUGUUUACUCAGUGUCUCAGUGCAGUUUAACGGAAUGAGACUCGCCACACUAUGUGGAACUAUAACUUAAGUUCAGUCUUAGAAGUUAAAAGAUUGUGUAUUUAAACCUCUUAAUUUUAAAUACAAAUAUUUUCUGUAAAACAUAUUUUUGUACCAAACGAAUUUGAAUUUUAUCCUUUCUGCUAAACUGUCCACAUGACCUCAUAGAAGAGUUUCGUACAUGUCCUACAUAUACUGCUCGAAGUACAAGAUUUAUUUCCUUGUUUUGUACAAUGAGUAAUAAUUGAUUAGUAAGCUAUUUGUGACAGUUACUCUUUAAAAUCUGAUAGCCAUGUAAGCCAUUUGAAAUUGAAUAAUUAUCCAAUACAUAGCAUUUCAACAUUUAGUUCCCUUUGUCAAUUUAUCUUAUAAUUAUUAGAUAAAGAUGGAACUACAUAUUAACUUGAACAGCUACUUAACUAAUGGACGUAAUGAUGUCAUAGAUGUUAUUUUGCUGUCAACAUAAAAAUGAAAUGUUAUUUUAAUUUUUUUUACAAAAUUUUUACAAAUUUUAGUGGCAAUAAAAAAUAAAACAAGAAAUAA